CCAAUGGAGGUAUCGUCAAAAAAAGCUGUCGGUCGUUUUCGCGAUGUGGUACCGGCUUCUGGAUCAAAAACACGCGAUCCGAGAUUUGACAAGCUGUCUGGCCAGCUGAAUCAAGAUCUGUUUGAAAAAUCAUACUCGUUCUUGAACGACUACAAGAAAUCCGAGCAAGAGAUGCUUCGUACGAGUAUCAAGAAGGAAAAGAAUCAGGAGACACGCGCUAAUAUGGAAUCACUACUACUGAAAAUGGUUUCCCGUGAGGCAACAGAAAAACAGACUAAGCGAAAACAGCAGUUAUUGCGCGAGCGCAAGAAGGCCGAAGCCGAGCUUGUGAAACAGGGCAAGAAGCCUUACUUCUUGAAACGAUCUGAACAACGCAAACUGGAGCUUAUGGACAAAUAUCAGCAAUUAGGAGAGAAGAACAUGGACAAGAUCCUCGCAAAGAGGCGCAAGAAGAAUGCGGCAAAGGAUCAUCGUCGUGUGCCAUUCAAAAGGAGAGCGGAGUAA